UGGGCAUAAAGAUCUGAAACCUGGUUUAACUCAAUUAGAGUGUCGACAGCCACCUAAUUUUAAUCAUUUUGCUUCACUUGCUUAAUUUAGCGUGAAGUUGGAAAUAAUUUCCAAAGGCUCUAGAGUGGAGACAAACUUGCAUCAACGCAUGUCAUCUAGCAUAAGUAGUACACCUCUAUAUAGUUACUGCUCUGCAUACUUUUUCUCAGUGCAUAUAGACAAAAGCUGGAUUUGAUUGUUUCUUGUUUCCUUUGAUCUGCAGAUGAGAACACCACAUCUAUAAAUUGAAGUUCUUGCAGAAUUAUACGCAAAUAAAUGAGGUUGUGAGGGCAUUGUUAUAUGAAAGUUUCGUAUCAUUAAAGUUGUGGUAUGCAGAAUUUGUUCAGGCUUUCAAGUAGAGGUUUUUCUUGACCAUUGGGAAAUAGAUCACAAUAAGUAAAUAUGAAGUUCAUGAAACUUGGUACAAGGCCUGAUACUUUCUACACUGAACAAGCCACCAGGAGUCUGGUUUCAGAUGUACAAGCUGACCUUGUGAUAAAAAUCAAUGAUACUACUUAUCUGCUACACAAGUCUUCGCUUCUUCCAAAAUGUGGCCUCCUACAAAGACUUUGCUCAGAUUCUAGUGAUUCUGAGAAUGUUCCUCUAGAUCUUCAUGAUAUGCCCGGAGGUGCAGAUGCUUUUGAACUCUGUGCUAAGUUCUGCUAUGGAGUUUCAAUCAAUAUCAGUGCUCAUAACUUUGUACCUGCACUCUGCACCGCUAAGCUCCUACAAAUGAAUGAGUCCAUUGAGAAGGGAAACUUUGUAGGCAAACUUGAGGCUUUCUUCAGUUCAUGCAUUCUUGAAGGAUGGAAGGACUCUAUUGCAGCACUGCAGGCCACUGACAAGUUACCUGAGUGGUCAGAGAAUCUUGGCAUAACAAGAAAAUGCAUUGAUUCAAUUAUUGAGAAAAUUCUUACACCCCCACCCCAGGUCAAAUGGUCCUACACCUACACAAGGCCUGGUUAUACUAGAAAGCAGCAUCAUUCAGUCCCAAAGGAUUGGUGGACUGAGGAUGUGUCUGAUCUUAACAUAGAUCUUUUCAGAUGCAUAAUAAUGGCUAUUAGAUCAACAUAUGUGCUCCCACCACAGCUUAUUGGUGAAGCUUUGCAUGUCUAUGCUUGUAAGUGGCUACCUGGCAUCACAAAGCUUAAAAAUUCACUUGGUUCUUCAGCAAUAACAGAAGAAUCCAAAGCGAUUAACAGAAAAAUUCUGGAGACAAUUGUGAGCAUGAUUCCCGCAGAUAGAGGGUCAGUUUCAGCUGGCUUCUUGUUACGGCUCCUCAGCAUUUCAGGCCCUCUUGGAGUCUCCCCAGUGACAAAAACAGAACUGGUGAAGAGAGCCAGUAUACAGUUUGAGGAGGCAACAGUGAGUGACCUGCUUUGUCCUUCAACAUCCUCUUUGGACCAAAAUUUUUAUGACACCGAGUUAGUUCAAGCAGUGCUGGAAAGUUUCUUGAAGUUUUGGAAAAGACUCUACCCUGGUGCUGUGGAUAACAGACACUUGUUAAAAUCAAUCAGAAAUGUUGGUAAGCUUAUUGAUUCCUAUCUUCAAGUGGUGGCAAGGGAUGAUAAUAUGCCAGUGUCAAAGUUUGUCUCUCUGGCUGAAACUGUUCCAGCUAUUGGCCGACUAGAGCAUGAUGAUCUUUACCAGGCUAUCAACAUUUAUCUGAAGGUGCAUCCUGACCUGAGCAAGGCAGACAAAAAGCGUUUGUGUGGGACUCUGGAGUGCCAAAGGCUGACUCCAGAAGUGCGUGCACAUGCAGUUAAAAAUGAAUCUCUGCCAUUAAGAACUGUGGUGCAGCUCCUCUACUUUGAACAAGAAAAAGAUUCUAUGGAAACCACUAGUUCCAAGCUGCAAAAAUCACAUGAUCUACUUCUAGGAGCAAAAAUGAGACCAGUCACUAGAGAUAGUCAUGGCAAGAGGUCUUUAAUGAACAAAGAAGAAGUCACAAGAAGAACCUCUCAUGCUGAAGAUAGAGAAAAGGGUCAACACAAAGCUAAACAAUCAGAUGCUAAGUUAGCAUUGGAUUUGGAAAGAAAGAUGGUUAUAAGAGAAGACACUGAAGAGAUAGGAUCAGAAAAGUUAAGGGUAGCUAAAGAAGAGAGAAUGUCAAGCAGCAAGUUGGACUUGGAUUCUAAGAACAGCAUUCAAAGGGCAAGAAGCAAAAAAUCAGAACAUGGUCGUCAAAAGGGAAGAUAGAGAGAAUAGUAAUUGCAAUCUUUGAAAUUGAAACAUUCAGAGCAAUCCUCAUUUCCCUAUAUAUGAACUUAGUAGUCUCUAUUCUUAUCAUUUCUUUUUUACAAGUGCAUAAAUGUAAGCAAGGUAUUGUCCUUUCUACUUUCUGUCACUGUUAAAGAGUUGUAUUUAUCAAAGAGGUCAUUGCAACAAAUGCAGUUGACUUCUCUCAGAUUGAUACUGUUUUCAUUACAUUUCAAUUACCUUAUAUGAAAAGGAAUAAAACCACUUAUCGUGUUUGUGGCAGGAAAACGAACAACCUUAGCCUUAAAAGUG